AUGGCAACGGCCUUUAGCAGCGACGGGGAGACAGCGCUGCGGCGAGAGCUGGGCCCGGUGGCGGCGCCGCGCGGGGACCUCGACAGCUUCUACGAGAUGGGCCGGGCCGCUGCCUUCGUGCGGGACGGCGGGUUCCGCAAGAUUGCUCUCCAGUUCCCUGACGAGCUCCUGGCGGACGCGGUGUCAGUAGCGACCGGGAUGGAAGCGGCUACCGGAGCCGAGGUGUACGUCCUGGGAGAUACUACAUACGGCAGCUGUUGUGUGGACGAAGUGGCGGCCGAGCACGCAGGUGCCGAGGCAGUGCUGCACUAUGGCCCGGCUUGCCUCAGCCCGUGCAGAAAACUCCCGGUGCUGCACAUCUUCGGGAAGCAGCCCGUGGACAUCAGGUGUUGUGCAGACGCCUUCAGGGAGCUCUACCCAGACAGAGAAAGUCGUGUGGUGGUGCUGAGUGAUGUGGUCUAUGCCCAUGCGAUGGGUGAGCUGGAACAGCAAUUAUCUCCCGAGUACCCACAUAUCGUGUUCUCCAGGGUGGUUUGUGAGGACUCAGCUGGCCCUGCACUGCCUGGGGAGGUGCGGCAGUUUGGCCGCCAGUUCCCAGUGGAGGAACCAGGAGGGCUGCAGGACUGUGCUAUGUUCUAUGUGGGAGCGGAGGGCCUGGCUCUCACCAGCUUCAUGCUGACCUGGAACUGCUGCCCUUUCAGCUCCUUUGACCCUGCCACCAGCUGUGGCCGCCGUGAGACCUUCAAUGUCAACCGGGCCCUAAUGCGACGCCUGUACCUUGUGGAGCGGGCCCGGGAUGCCCAUGUGGUGGGCAUCCUGGUGGGCACUCUCGGUGUGGCAGGCUACCUCACUGUGUUGCAGCACCUCCGGGAGCUUCUGCGCUGGGCUGGCAAGCGCAGCUACACGCUAGCUGUGGGGAAGCCAAACCCUGCCAAGCUGGCCAACUUCCUGGAGGUGGACAUCUUUGUCCUGGUGGCCUGUGCUCAGAACUCCCUGCUGGACUCCAGUGACUUCUACCGGCCUGUUGUGACCCCCUAUGAGCUAGAGCUGGCCUGUAACACAGCCCGUGAGUGGACAGGGAACUACCUCACUGACUUCCGAGACCUGCUUCCAGGUGCCUGUGCUCAUGUUGAGCUCCCAGCAGCCCUCCACGUGGCGGAGGCUGUUCCAGAUAUCUCACUGAUCACGGGGGAGAUGCGGUCUCUCCACGUCCGUGACCCGCCAGCCCUUCAUCUGCCCCCCAGCACCACCCUGGCCUGCAGGGACCAGACACAGGCCCUGGCAGAAAUCAGCCCUGCUGCCUCCUUUCUGGGGUCCCGCAGCUGGCAGGGCCUGGAGCAGCAACUGGGGCAGACACCUGUCUCCAAGGCUGUGCAGGGCCGACGAGGGAUUGCCAUUGCCUAUGAGGAUGAGGGGCGCAAGCAACCCUGAUGUGGCAGCAGCAUUGGCACCCAGCCAG